CUCAAUUCCAAACCCCCCAACCACAGUCGCAUUGAUCUGCUUUGCUUGUUGCCCACAGAGCUGUCAUCACGUCUCCAACACACUCUCCACACUUCGCAAAAUCACAAUCUGAAGACAAAAUGACGAGAGGCGAGAUCCUCCAUCUCCAUAUCGGCCAGGCUGGCACACAGCUCGGGAACAGUGCUUGGGAGCUGUACCUCCUCGAACACGGCCUGAAGAAGGAUGGUCGGCCUGAUCCCGACGCGAAGGCUCUCCACGACUCGGGCGAGCUCGAUACCGUCUUCACGGAGACUGGCAGUGGCAAAUAUGUUCCUCGAUCCAUCUUCGUCGACCUUGACCCCUCCCCCAUUGACGAGAUCCGCACUGGUGAUUACCGCCAGCUGUUCCACCCAGAGCUGUUGAUCAGCGGCAAGGAGGACGCAGCCAACAACUAUGCUCGAGGUCACUACACAAUUGGCAAAGAGAUCUUGGACGGCACAUUGGACAAGAUCCGCCGUGUUUUGGACAACUGCUCCUCCCUCCAAGGCUUCCUGAUUUUCCACUCCUUCGGUGGAGGAACCGGCUCUGGCUUUGGCUCCCUCCUGCUCGAGCGCCUCUCCACCGACUACGGCAAGAAAUCCAAGCUCGAAUUCGCCGUCUACCCCGCACCCCGCGUCUCCACCGCUGUCGUCGAGCCCUACAACGCCGUCCUGAGCACGCACUCCACGAUCGAAAACUCGGACUGUACGUUCCUGGUGGACAACGAGGCCGUCUACGAUAUCUGCCGCCGCAACCUUGACAUUCCGCGCCCAUCGUUCGAGCACCUGAACCGCCUGAUCGCUCAAGUCGUCUCCUCGAUCACCUCUUCCCUCCGCUUCGAUGGCGCCCUGAACGUCGAUUUGAAUGAGUUUCAGACGAACUUGGUCCCGUACCCAAGAAUCCACUAUCCGCUCAUCAGCUAUGCACCCGUCAUCUCCGCUGCAAAGAGCAGCCAUGAGAGCUUCAAGACUCAAGAUUUGACCCUGCAGUGCUUCGAGCCCAACAACCAAAUGGUCGUCUGCGACCCGCGCAACGGCAAAUACAUGGCUGUCGCUCUCCUCUACCGCGGCGAUGUCGUCCCUCGGGAUUGCAACGCGGCCGUCGCCUCCCUGAAAGCCAAGACAUCAUUCAACCUCGUCGAAUGGUGCCCCACCGGUUUCAAGCUCGGCAUCAACUACCAAAAGCCCAUGUCCGUCCCAUCCACUGCUCCCAACGAUGGUGCUCUCGCCUCAGUCGACCGCAGCGUCAGCAUGUUGAGCAAUACCACCGCGAUUUCUGAGGCGUGGUCAAGACUGGAUCAUAAGUUCGAUUUGAUGUAUUCAAAGAGAGCGUUCGUGCACUGGUAUGUUGGUGAGGGUAUGGAGGAGGGUGAGUUUUCCGAGGCGAGGGAGGAUUUGGCCGCAUUGGAGAAGGAUUAUGAGGAGGUUGCUGCGGACAGUUUUGAUCCCGAGGAGGCGGGUGAGGAGUACUGAGCGUCGCGAAGUUACCCAACAUGGUGGG